UCAUAGGAGUUGCCGUCGACGGGUCCAGACAGGAUGAAGUACCCGGAGGCGACCGUUCUGAAGAGGUAGCGCUUUUCAGCUCCGGGAUCGAGCCCUCGCUAGGCCGUGCAUCUUCCUGGUCUUUGGCACAGUCUCGAAGCCCACACAGCGCAGCUUCUGAAAGCAUUUCGGACGCUGACGAAGUGACGACCAUCUCGAUGGGACCGAUCACCGAGGUUUACGAGCAACUGGCUACCGACAUCCCGGUGCUGCCAAAGCCGACCAAAGGUAGCUCUGCUAAGAAGUGGAAAGCUGAAAAGAAGCCAACUGCUGCGCCUGAUGUCAGCCCUGAGGACAAGUACGGCAUCGGCAGAAAGUUCGUCUCUCGAAAGUUGCAGCAGUUCGAAGAAACCGAAGACGAAGGUGUGAGACCAGCCGCAGAUUUCACGCGUAUUCGUGGAAGAAGUCGUGUUCGUGCAACGCGAGUGCAGCCACUGCACCUCUCCACGCCGGAAGCUCUUGUAGACAACAGUGGGGCUCACCAGCCUGGCUUCGACAACGCCGGCGCAGUUCAAGAUGAGCCCGCUGAAGGCGGCGCGCGUACCGGUGUGCGUCGCGGGCGAGUGUUUCGAAGACCUGUGCACAGGAACAGAGCAAUCCUGGACGACUCUUCACCAAAUGAAUUCAGGGGCCCUCAUGGUGGCUUCAUUCGUAGAAGACCGCCUCAUAUUGUUCAAGAUCCUGUGGACCUGAACCCGCCUCAAGAGCCAAGCUCCGCCUUUCAUUUCGGUGACGACCAUCAAGCCUACAGUCCAGGUAAUCUUCUCGAAACCCCUUUGCCUGCUCUUUCCUCUCAUCACAUUCUCCCUUCUCCUUCUCUGGACAAUUUCUUGUCGUCUUCCUUUGUGGGUGGUGGAUACUCCUUCUCGGCACCGGAGGUUGUGGCUACUCUUACUGACCCUUUGGCAUCUCCACCUAAUCAUGAAAUCACGGCGGAUGCGGUUGCUCUUUCGGGACUGGAAACCUCUGCACUCCCCCAAGGCAGAGUGAGAAGGAUCAAAGUUCUUAGACCUGCCCCUCAUGGUGAAGGAUCCCUUGGUGACGGUUCAAAGAAGGUCCGCCGCGUUACGGUAACUCGGACGUUCUCCCCGGCAGGUGCACCGACCAGAUAUGAGGACUACCGGCCGCAGGUGGACACUCCAUUCAACCAAGACGAUGGCGGAUUUAACCACUUUGGUCCGCACCAAAACGUAGUACCGGUCGUUCAACAGCCGCAGCGGCAGCAACCGCAAGAUGUGCUGAGAGUUCCUGCUGAGGUAACGCAGCAGGCUGGCUUAGGGCAUGGCGUCCCUUACGAUCCCUUCGUCACAGGCGUGAACCAGCAGUCAUUCCCAGGGUUCAGUCCCAACGUUCCCUAUCAGUACUCGCCCCCCGUGCCACAGCAGUUCGCCCAAGCAGAGCCGUAUUCACCUCGCGCGCCUGAGCAACACGAUCGCUUUACGCAGCUCCAGCCCGUGCAGAACUUCGUUCCAGUAGCCGAGCAACCUCCAGGUCCACCUCCUGCACAUAACUUCAACAAUGUGCCCCUAGAGGUCCCUGUUCCUCCUCCUCCACCGCCACCACAGCCGGAACCUGUGUCGCCGACUCGAAACUCCCGCCGAACAGUGUUUAGAAGAAUUCGGCCGACUAAUUCGAAUCACCACGGAGAGAGGAAGACGUCGCUCGUGCGGAAAACGCGGCCUGUUGUGUCCACACCCGCGGUUCAGCUAAGCUCUCUUAAUAUUGAGCCGACGCACGUUUUUGUUUCGGCCGACUCGAUAGAUUUCAACAGAGUUCUGGGAUCGUCACAACAGUCCCUCGAGUAUUUCGGGCCCGCUUCGCAAGAUUAUUUUGCCCCUGUGUCGCAAGAGUAUUUUGCACCUGUAUCAAAAGAGGUAUUCGCCCCCGUGUCCCAACAGUACUUCGCUCCCGCGUCGGACCAGUACCUGUCUCCGGUGUCCAGAUUUCCUGAACCACCGCCUUCUUUGCCUCCAGUCUCGACGGAACCUACAUUUGAUCCUCAUUCGGCGGCGCCCGUCGAACAGAAUCAGGAGAAUUCUGCUGACCUAGUGGAAGACACAACGCCUGCCUCCCAUCAAUUCAGGCGAAUAAUUCGUGUGAAAAAACCUGGGGAAGGUAAAAGCGGUCAAAGGAGAAAGGUCGUCUUGAACAGGAGACCAUCAAUCAACAGUCUGCAGGCGCGAGGGCCAAUAAACAACGGAAACAAUGCGAAUGAGCUAGUACCCCCAAGUGUUGCUGGGCCUCCACGUCUUUCAAGCCAGGUGUUGCCACCAGGGCAAAAUAUUGUCAGCCCAAGAGUGUCGCUAGAGAUCGGAGCUACGGUUCCGCUUACAUAUUACACUACGUUUACGUAUUUGACAACCUUCCUCCACGGAACAGACACCGUUUACAACAGCAGAGAGGCUGUCUUAUCUUCGGUGGCGACUGAGACCUUGGAUUCUAAUAUAGUGAACGUCAUUCAGAACCAUGGUGGCUUCACGACAGCGCCUGAUGGGGUUUCAACUGUUCAUCUAGGAUCAAGAACGAAAGGAGCGGCCACAACAAUUGUCAAUUUGGAAUCUCGACUUCAAAUAUUCAACAGUGAUAUUUACAAGGAGAUACACCCAACACCAAUAGCACAGACAGAGGCUACAUUCAAGACAGAAUCACCGGUUCUCGAGCGCAUACAGGAGCCGCAGUCCCCACUGCAUAAUGCGCCAGGAGGAGAUGAAACAAGUACUGUGCAAUUAACGGACCUCUUCACAGCACCAAGGACGUUUUACACUCUUUACACGUAUUACUAUACGCUUUUUGAUGGCGCUGAAACAAAGAAUUCGGUCCGAUCUGAGAUUUCAUCAAGUGUCGCAUCUGAUAACAGUCCGUUCCGGCCGCCCAUAACACAGACAAAAAUCAGGAAUGGCCUCUUGCCGCUUGGUCUUGAUGUGACAACCGUCCACCUCGGCUCGCGAAACGUAGAUGGAACGACAACCGAAGUGAAUUUGGGGAUGCGCACAGUCAUUAAAUUUGACAAAAUUGUUGAUGCUGAUAUCGGACACAUUCACGAGAACGUUGCUCCGACUGCAUCGUAUUACCCGAGCUUUGCGACAGAGGCUGUGGACAACAAAAUUGAUUUCAUCUCCAACCAAGAAAGAUCUUCACUUCUCGCUGACGCUCUACAGCCGUCUUAUGCCAUAGCUAGUGGUGACAUUCAACCGACAAGCAAUAUUCAUGCGACACCAGUAAUCCUGUUUCCCGUGGACGAAUCGACAAACGCACCAAGGGCCAAGGUUAGAAUCGUCACUUCACGCGUAAAGUCGGCAGGCACUUUUAAGUCUGGCGUGUUUCAGGCUGCUCCUGGCGUACGGGUUCGCAUUAAACCUGUUGUGAAGCACCUGGAGGAUUCGGCCGCUUAUAGCGCCCCGCCAGAAUUGUCGUCAACUCACGCGUACGAGCCCUUCAGCUCGUUUUUCAUUACAUCACCCAACCCAAGUACUGAGCUGACUGGAGAUGAGCCUCUUUUGUCGUCGGCCGUAUUCCCCUUGACGACUCCGGAAGACCAAGAGGUACACAGGGGCAAAAAGAGGCUUAAAGUGACGCUUCGAAGACCCAUUCCUGGGGAUAAACUGGCGAGAACAAAUUCCUUAAACACAAGAUUUGUGAGACCUUCUCGAUUUGAAAUUACCACAAAGCCUCGGUUUUACGUUGUGACCCGAACGAAUGCCGCGGGUGUGGCCAGGCCUACAAAGAAUCCAUUCAAUGUGAAAGUCAGUAAAAGGCUCAAGCCGACAGACUUGAUUCGAGCAACUCCUUCCGUCAUCUACGAAACCUUUACAACGACGACGUCGGUUCCCGUCAUAUUCGGAUUGCAGACAAGCUACAAGGAAGUCGUCAUCACUGCGUCGACUCCAGUGACACUGACUGCAUCGCCGACUUAUGGCGUGGAUGAUCACGACUUGAUUGAACCCUCCCAGACUGUAAUGCUGACGUACUUCACCACAACUACGUUCACAGUCCCGUACACCUUGGGUGACCAGACUCUGUACACGACUGUCCUCGAGACGAACUCAAGGGUCGUCACCGAGACUGUAGCUGCAAGUCAUGUCGUAGAUGCCCUUCACGCGUCACACUUCCCGGAAAUUAUUGGAGACCAGAAUGCCCAACUCAUUGGCAGAGGAGCUGCGCCGAAACAUGAAUCAUCAUUGAACCUGUUGGCAUCCCACUACCAACAGAGGCCCGGACUGUCGACGCGCGUCUCUGAUGGUGUUACCCUUAUUGUGGCCAGCGGAGGCGAUGGCGAGGCCACUACGCAUCUGUUUCCCCAUCAACCUACGCCUUACACCCUGCAGCCAACCUUGCUGCUGGAUGCAGUCUUGAUGAAGGAACACUUUGAUGGCCAUAAUGUGACGCCGCAGCCGUACUCUGUGUCGUAUAGCACGAAGACUUUGUUCACCACUUACACCUAUUUCACAACGUUCUUUACGGAUGACUCUUCAUCUAUCGCAAGCUCCGAGCAAGUUAUUUCCAACACUGUUACAAUUCCGGUUACACAGAACUUGUACCCAACUAUAACGCCGUACUUGCCCGAGCCCAGAGAGCCAAGCACGUACUUGGAGACGAGUGAGCGGGUAGUGACAAGUACUUCAUACAACACGUUUACGUUUUAUGCCACUUUGUUCAAUGGUUCAAGCUCCGUGGUCACGCCGUUUGAGGAGGUCCAGUCACAGGUGUUCGUCAUCACAGAGUCCUUCACAAUUACACGAACGGUACAGCCAACGUUGUCGAUUCAACCGCAGUCAACUCCAGUUUUCUCACGUCCCGAACCGCAGCAGAGCUACUACUACCCAGACCAGGAUCAGUACUUGUCGCAGCAUUAUUCAAGUCAGCAGCCACAACUCUACCAAGCCAAUGACAUCCUUAAAUCGCAGCAGCUCCAGCCAUCAACAGUUUUGAGUACUUUAUAUUCGACGCAAACUAACUUUAUUACAUUCUUCCAAGGAACAAGUACGAUCGUAACCUCCAUUGAAGAGGUCCUUUCAGACGUCGUUACUAUCACCAUUCCUCAUGGUCUGGCUACUCCUGUCCUGUCGUCUCCCCACUCGCCUUCUCCAACGACCUCGGUUCCAGAAUUUAGCACGAGGACGUAUCUCACGACACAGACACAGUAUGUUACAUUCUUCAGAGGAACCGAGACAAUACUGUCUUCGAUUGAAGAAAUUGGUACGACAGUUGUAACAGAGAGGGCUGGUUCCCGACCAUCCGUCUACUCAAGGCCAAUAUCGACACCUGCGCUGCAUUCCUUCGCACCGGCUACGUCUAGCACGCCAUCUUUCGUACUGCCAUCGCACACAGGUGCUCAAGCAGAUUUGGUUCCCUCAGUAAGGACUUAUUACACUACAUAUACGUACUUCACAACGUUCUACACUGACUCAAGCUCUAUUAUUGCCAGUAGAGAAAACGUUGUCACGUCUCAUGUCACUUUGUUUGUGCCACGCGGGUCUCUCACGUCCUCAGUGAGAACGACGGCGCCUACAAGAAUACCCACAGUUGCUACGCACACAACUUCCUCGACAAGUGCUUCGACACGGCCCACAACGACCUCUACAUCUCGUUACACGCGGCCAACGUCGACUACGCCUCCCUACGACACAAAGUUGUACACAACUGGUACAACAUAUACUACAUACACUUUCUAUACUACACUGUUCGGUGGUCAAGACAAGAUCGUGAUUUCGAGCGAACAAGUUGUGCCGCAGAUUGUGACCACAAGGAUAGGCUCAAAACCAUCAACUACGUCGUCACGCUACAGACCAACGCCUACUGUCCUGACGCACAUGACUACUUACACCUACUUCACCACCCUCGUUAGCGAUUCUGAGACCAUUGUGUCGUCGUCAGAAGAAGUUAUAACACAGCUUGUUUCGACCACCAUAUCGCCGUCUUCUUCAACCAGCUUUGUUCCAGAAGUGAAUAUCAUUACUUCUUCAUUGUACAAGCCCGUCAAAGAAGAGAAAGUGGAACCGUCCAGCAAAACAGGAACAAGCCACUCAAAGAGGCCGUCUUUCGGUAGUGGUUUUAAGCGUCCUUCCACUGGCUUCCACCAGAAGUCUUCUGUCACGCUUUUUGCUUCGUCCUCUUUUAUCCCUAGUUCUUCCCCGAAGCUAACAACAGUGACGCCAGCUUUCACAAUUCUUGAGUCACCAUCCAUUGAAGAAGAAAGCACAAGGUCAUCGAUGGGAGUCUCCACAACAGUUAUCGAUGGCUCCACCGUCAUUUUCUUUACUGACAUUGCUGCCAGUCAAGAAGAAGAAACGGAUUCCAUUGGUUCUGAUUCUGUUUCCUCGCUCUUCACAUCUUCAAUGCUCUCCCCAGUUUUUGUACCUUCAUCCUCACUUUUCCCAGAAAUACUCGAAAGUUCUUUCUUUUCUUCGCCGUCGGUUGCUGCACCUGUCACGUCUACAACCAUUCUGGAAAGCAGCAGUAAAUAUGUUGGUCACGACAACGAAACGACCACGUUGCCACCAAGCAUUACAUUAUUCAUGGUCACUGGCACAGAUGGCUCUCUAACGAGGCUCACAGAGGCAACAUUCACAUCACGAACGCAAAAUGUUGUUCCUAGCAAAGCAGCCGCACCUGCGAUUGCCGACAUUGUUGCCACGGAGAUACCAUACUUACAAGCUCCAUCGCCGUCUUCGCCUAGCUCUGGAGCUGGUGGUAGUCAGGUAGGCACAAGCUUCCCGUCGAAGCCAAUAAAACCAGGUUCCAUUAUUGACCUUGCGGACGUGCUUGGCGGAAAUGCAAACAUCGGCGGAAAUAUUGGGGAAGCCAUCAAAGGCAUCGUUCACCUUUUGUCUAAUGGCAAGAAGAACGGUACCGAUGGUACAAGUGAGCUCCAACCAAGCCAAGUGAAGGAGGACGUGCCGCUUCCACCGAGUGACGGCGUGACAGUGAGUAACAUUGAAGAGCCCGUGUAUAUCCCAGUUGGAGCAAUCGCGUCCGACAUGUCGGCCGCUGAGCGAAGUCAGGUGCAUAGUGAGUCGUUCGAUGGUCCAGCGCUCACCUCUAUUCUGCACGGAAAGCCGUCAAUUAUGGGAGAGGGCUUUCACACGGACGUGUUUACCGGCGCAGAAACAGUGUUCAUUCUUCCUACGGACACCCACUACGACGAUGACGCAGCGGACGGAGAGGACCUUCCGGAACGCGUUGACAAAGAUACAUCUGUCCACCUCGUAGGAAGCGUUAAAAAGGCGUCGCUUCCUUCUACGGACGCCACUCCGGCAUUAGACGCUAACACGGGUGUGAUCACCGGAGACAAGACCAUUUUCUUCGAUGACUUUGACAAAUUCACUGAGCUCACACAAAGGGCGGAGGACAGCAAGGGCGAUGCCACGAUAUCGGACCCGAAAGAACUUUCAAAGGUUGUCGGCGUCCAGACCAUCUUCUUCCCCGACACGAACGUGCUCCAAUCUUCUCUCGCAAGCGAAGUUCAGAUCACAGGAGCAACUACCAUCUUCGGAGAGGGCUUCACACCCAUCCUGCCAGGCACGCAAGAUUCCUCAGAGACACUUGUUUCGUCCAUUCAACCCACUGUCGUCGGCGGUGCCAAGUCAGUGAGUGGCGCCACUACUAUCUUCUUCCAACUCGAUGGCGAAAGAGUUCCGAUACUGCCGUCCGUGUCCACGAGCUUGUCUACCGUCACGCAGUACGUCACGAGUGUGGAGUCCUUCACUCGGACACUCACACUCACGACGACGAAGGUGUAUUACACAAGAGACAGCCCGCUGACGAUAACGUCCGUGUUCACGACGACCAUCGCUCCGAGAACUUUUGUGUCGACCAUUAUCGGAAGUCGCACCAUCCUAGGUACCUUGCCCGAGCCUUCCGCUUCGGUUGAGGCACAGCUUACGACGCCUCUGCUGAGCGAAGCCACCACGACGGUCACCACGACGACCCUCAUCUUCAACUCCAUCACAACGACCGUGGUCCGGACGUUGGUGCUCCCAACGGAAAGACCGGAACCAACUCGCUCCUCUUCGAUCGGCAACCUACCGACGACGUCUGUCCUAGUAACGCCCGAGGUCAGGGGAAGAACUCCGGAGUCCGCCGACAGCAAGUCCCCUCCGACACUGCGACCGCCUCAGCGGCGCCUCACGACGCCUCGAACGACAACCGCGGUGCACGGCAAGCGACCGGUGAUAGCAUUCAGAGCACCGUCGAGGACUCCAGACACGGCAAGCACCAAGCCGAUGCCGACCGGGCCGAAGUUUAAGAUACCAUUCCCGAAGCCACCGACAACGACGACGACAACACCCAAGCCGAGCAGGCCGCCCAAAUCCAAGCCUGGCAAGGUGACGCCUAUCGACGGCUAUCCGCCAGUGUGUCUGCCAGGCUGCAACCCUGCGAACUACGAGGUCUGCCGCGAAGCGUUGGAUGGUACGUGGCAAUGCACGUGCAAGCCUGGUUACGGAAGGCAGGACGGCAACAAGACUUGCACAGAGGUCGAGACGUACGUUGUCAUCCUUCGUGUUGUGAAGAUGGGAGAAUCGGCAGUCUCAUACAGCACGGAACUCUCUAACAGCCUUUCGACCGAGUUCCAACAAAUUGCCGACGCAGCUAAGAAAGGAAUGAGCGACGCUUACAAGAAGACGGAUGUGGAGGGCCAGUUUGUGACGUCGAACUUGAACAGCAUCUCGGCGGCGGACGACUUGGACACAGCCGACAGCGCGCCGCAGGGCAUCCUGUUGAACUUCACCGUGUCCAUGGCGAGGUCGGAGGCCAUCACAUCGGAGGUGAUACGUGAACAGCUAACCCGGUCGCUGCGUCAGUCGAACUACAGCAUCGGAAAGAGCCCGCUGUUCGUCAGCCCCAACGUUCACGCUGUCGCCGCUGUCCAAGAUUACGACGAGUGUGGCGACUUGGACGCCAACGACUGCGACCGGUUCUCUGUCUGCGUCAACUUGCCCGGGACGUACACUUGCUACUGCAAGAGUGGCUUCGAAGACCUCGACCCGCUGCGACCGGGCCGUAUUUGCUCAGGAGAGAUCAAGAACUGCGAUCACUGCAAUGGCCGCGGAACAUGCCUGGUGAACGAUGAAGGCAAGAGAAGCUGCCGCUGCAACCGCAUGUUCCUAGGACGUCGCUGCGAGAUCAACGGUCUCGUGCUGGCGAUCGCGCUGCCGAUCGCGCUGGCGCUGCUGGUGAUGAUGCUGUGCUGCCUGGUGUGCCUGUGCCGCCGUUGGAAGCGGCGGGCGCAGCGCGCCAAGGGACCCUUCCGGCUGGGCGCCGUCAGCCCGCUCGGGGGCACGCUUGACAAGAAGGCCAUGAUCACCGACACCUCGAGCGAGAGCAGCGGAGAGCAUGCGCUCAAGCACUCCUACGCCUUCGACGGCUUCAUGGUUGGACCAGGACCCGACCACACCAUGCAAUCAAAGAAGUCCAGCCGGAAGAGCGACAUGAGCCUAAACCGCAGCCUCUCGACCGGCUUCAGCGUGCCGCACGUCGUCAUUCCGCGAGCUAGACAUAGUCCUCCAAAACAGGGAAAACCCCAGAGUUCCGGAGCCAUCGACACACUCGGCCGAGACCAGGUGGACAUGGGGAACAUGCAGAGCAAGCUGCUUUACGUCCUGGAUGGCUCGACUGGCAAUGUUCGGCAGCCAACGGACAGCAAGUCGGACGAAGGUCGCUUUGCUUCGCUUCCGGACACCAACACUUUCAACCGUUGGAAGAGCAGUCAAACCAAGGAGGAGUCCACGGGAGCCAGAAAGAAGGGGUCCAAAAAAUCUAGUCCUGCCUCGAGCGAGAAAAAGGCGAGCCCACCGGCCACGGGGACGGCGCAGCGUCGCCCCGAUGCCCCGGCGCCUCCCCCACCACCGCCCCCGGCGCCAAUCACGCCUGGCACGUCCCGCUGGCUCGACAGUUCCAAGCGAGCCGCCGAGCGCCAGCACCUCGUGCACCAGAAGCAGCAGCAGCAGCAGCGGGGACACAGCGGCGACGAUGCUCCCUCGCAGCCGUCCACUUUCUCUCGCGAAAUGGACAAGUUCCGAAGCUCCGUGGCUGGACCGUCCGACGCUGGUCCACAACAGCCGCCGCAGCAGCAGCAACAGCAAGGCGAGGACGCCUAUGGCACCAACACGUUCACCAAGAAGAGCACCAUCUCGGAGACGGGCCGAUCGUACGACGAGACCACCAUCCGGCCAGCAGUGAAAAGGUUGAGGCCGCCCGACGCGCCCGACGAUGAUGCCGUGCCCAGCACUUCGCGCGGCAGAGGCGGUGCCGAUUUUGGCGAGGAGAACAGCCGCUUUGAUGACUCCGGAAAUGACGUUGCCCCUUCAGCUAGUCCAAUCCAGGGUCUUCGUGCCGACACCUCGAGAACGCGAAGGACUUCCAAGUCGGGCUCGUCGACGGGAGACUCGGAUGUUGUCGCACGGCCUUUUUAGACGCUUCUGACCCACGACGUGUGGGCGUUCUGCGGUUACACCAGAUUACGAUGAAUGGCGCAUUAAUCCUAAUCAGAUAGAUUAACGACCAAUGAUACAGAAUUACCAACUUUGCAAUUUUGAGAGGAUCAUGUUGCUCGCGUACUUCGCGCAGAUUUAGACUGUGCCUUUGUUGAACACGUCCCCUCUCGUUCGUGUCUUCCUUGCAACUGUCUAUCCCUUUGAUGUUUCCGCGCCAUGUUCUUUAGUGGUGUGAAUGGUUGGGCUACAAAAGACACAAUAGUGGCUUUGGAUGCCAGUGAUGCGAUAUCUGUUGAGACUUACUUACCUGAUGGAUCUAGUUUAUAUCUUUCUCUGCUUCGUUUAUUUGUCGCCUCAAAGCUGAGCGCUGCUGUAUGCUCGCCCUUCUGACAAAGUUUCCUUUGUUCGACGAAAACUUAGGCUUGCCAUAAGAUUCGCUCACGCGUGCGCCGUUGUUUUGUCAGCAAGCGCUUGUACAUAAUAGAAACUAUCAUUGCUUUGUUCCAUUGUAUCAUAAUUUUAACCGGAAUGUGCAUAUGUAAUUAUAAGAAGCCUAGGUAUUUUAUUUUUGCUUCAAUUGGCAGCUGAUAUUAUGUUGCUUCUAUCGAUAUUGAACUUUUGUUUUUUAUACAAAGUGAGAAAAUCAAGUUUUUGCAGCAUUUGUUGUUUGUGCUAGCUGCUUAGUCGAAGUAUGACUGGCUCCACACUAAUGCUUCCAGGAUGAUGACGUAACUAAUACUAAGGCCACAUGUUACGGCGCAGAAAUAAUUCGUGGCUCUUGCACACCUGGCAAAGAGAGCCUGCUUUGUAAAUAGUACUGAUCUAAUGCUCUCUCUGUUCAGGUGUUCAAGGUGCUGCUGAAUUGUUAUUUUUCCCUGGGGAGGUCAGGUAACACAUGCCAACUGCUCAUAUUCUUUUUGUGGCAUAUUUCGCAGCCCUCAUUUCUUGUUUUUAUAGCAGAACUAUUGCUAACAGUGAAAAGAAGUGAAUAAAGAUAUUUUUUUGAAACGAAAA